UAAAUUCCAGCUGCUGGGAGCCCCCUGGCUGUAGCUGUGAUUAUUUCGGCUCCUCCCAAAUCAUCCCUCCUUCUCUUCCUUACUCUUUUCUCUGAGGCUUCCCUUGCAUCCUUGGAGGCUAGAGGGCGCAGAAAUCAGGGCUCCGACUUUCUCUUAGCCCGUAUUCCGUUUCCUGGCUAGCUGCAGAACAUCCCCUGAGACCAUGACUUCCUCCGAUGUGGCGCGGCACACGGUUUUACAAUCCCUUGGGGGGUUAAAAUCAUGUCCCAGCCCCCAACCAGGCAAAGAAGACAAAGUAGAUGAUUCUCUUCGUUGUUUAAGUAUUAAUGGCCGUGUUGGUUUUGAAAAUUUGCCUGAUCAGUUAGUCAACAGGUCCAUUCAACAAGGGUUUUGCUUCAACAUUCUUUGUGUGGGGGAAACCGGAAUUGGAAAAUCAACUCUGAUUGACACAUUAUUUAACACUAAUUUUAAUGAUCUUGAAUCAUCACACUUUCACCCAAAUGUAAGACUUAAAGCACAGACAUAUGAACUCCAAGAAAGCAGUGUUCGGUUGAAAUUGACCAUUGUCAAUACAGUAGGAUUUGGUGACCAGAUAAAUAAAGAAGAGAGCUAUCAACCAAUAGUUGAUUACAUAGAUGCUCAAUUUGAGGCCUAUCUCCAAGAAGAAUUGAAGAUAAAAAGGUCUCUCUUUAAUUACCAUGAUUCUCGAAUCCAUGCCUGCCUUUACUUUAUUUCACCUACGGGACAUUCCCUUAAGACACUUGAUUUGUUAACCAUGAAGAGCCUUGAUAGUAAGGUAAAUAUCAUUCCUGUGAUCGCCAAAGCAGACACAAUCUCCAAAACUGAAUUGCAGAAGUUUAAGCUCAAACUAAUGAGUGAAUUGGUCAGCAACGGAGUCCAGAUAUACCAGUUCCCAACAGAUGAUGAAAGUAUUUCUAAAAUUAACUCCUCAAUGAAUGGACAAUUGCCAUUUGCUGUUGUGGGCAGUAUGGAAGAGGUCAAACUUGGAAAUAAAAUGGUGAAAGCUCGCCAGUACCCAUGGGGCAUUGUUCAAGUGGAAAAUGAAACUCACUGUGACUUUGUAAAGCUCCGUGAAAUGCUUAUUUGCACAAAUAUGGAGGAUCUGAGAGAACAAACUCAUACUCGACAUUAUGAACUUUAUAGACGAUGCAAACUGGAGGAAAUGGGUUUUAAAGAUGUAGGCCCAGAGAACAAACCUGUCAGUCUUCAGGAGGCCUAUGAAAUCAAAAGACAUGAAUUUUAUGGUGAACGUCAAAGGAAAGAAGAAGAGAUGAAACAAAUGUUUGUGCAGCGAGUAAAGGAGAAAGAAUCAAUCUUGAAAGAAGCUGAGAGAGAGCUGCAGGCAAAAUUUGAACAUCUUAAAAGACUGCAUCAGGAAGAAAGAAUGAAACUUGAAGAAAAGAGAAGGUAUUUGGAAGAAGAAAUAAAUGCGUUUGCCAAAAAGAAAGCUGCAUCUGAGCUCCUCCAAAAUCAGCCUUUAAAUGCAUCUGGUCCCAGUGUGAAGAAAGACAAGGAUCGUAAGAAAUUUCGAAUUCUGGUCCUGUGAUGCCAUGCUUGUGAAAAGGAUGAUGAGCCAACAUAAAGAGACAGAGGGGGCCACAUUGAUACAAGGGGGUGGCCAAGAGUAGCAUUUGGAUUAUCUUGAGGGUUAUGGGUAUGUGUCCAAACAAAGUUAACUUAUGUUCUGUAUAGCUUUGGCAUCUUCUCUUUUGAGAGUGAAGAUACCCUUCUGCAAAUUGCCUCUGUUCACCUUUCUGAUUGUUGUUGGAAUUCAAAAUAACCCCUAUUUAUAGCAAGUAGUGGCACCUUUGGAGAUCUGUGCUUCUGCUUAAACUAACAAUCUUUUGUGUCAGUGGCUUGAAGAUUGCCAAAGAAUUCUCUUUAUUUGUUACUCUGUUACAAACCUUUUACAAAACCAGUUCAAAAACAAGUACAAAACUUGAACUCAGUCUUAAAAUGUUCUUGAAAAUAUAACUGUGAUACAUACAUAGUACCUUUUGGAAGAGAUUUUCCAGAUACACCAAAAGGGGGUAAAAAACCCAAAACAUUUGGGAAGGUUUCAUGGAGAUUUUUAGGCUAGAUCAAUCUAUGUUUUUAAUAGCCUUUAGCAAAUGUUAGUGGGGAAGUUACAGUUUCUAUUUCAAAAACCACAAAAGCAAGAGAAAGUACAAACAUAAUACCAAUGAUAAUGCUAGUUUUUAAUACCUACAAUUUAUUCAAGUUCCAUUUCAUUGAAAUAUUAUUUCAAAUUUAUAAAAAUGCUUAAUCAUUAAGUCUGACAGAGGAGAGUACUAAAUUUGAAGUCAAGACCCAAUUAAAGUCCCAACUCUGUCAUUUUGUGAUGUCGGGCAAGUCACUUAAUCUCUCUAGACCUCAGUGUCCUCAUCUGUAAGACAAGAGGGUUGGACUAGAUGACCUUGACAUCUAGUUCUGCAACACUAAACCAUAAUGUACUUUUUUACUGCUUUUCAGUAUGCUUAUACUGAAUGCUUGUAAGCAUGGAGAGGAGAUGCAAGGUGGAGAGGAGCUUUCCCCCUCCCCCAUUUUUUCCUUUUCACUAUUUUUGGAUGCUUUGGGUAACUUUCUAAUAGUCUUGUCAGGAGAACCACCAGUUUUAGUUUCUGAGGACUAUAGACCAUGGAUCUUGGAAAAUCAUACAGCAUUAUUUUCAAAGUUAAAAGACUAACAGCUCCUCACAUUCUUGUCUAAAAACUCAAACAGUAUUUUUUCCCCUUAUCCUAAUGAAAAUGCAAUAAUGUGGUUUUUGGAAAUAGAUUUUCUAAAUCUUGAUUUUUUUCCCUAGCAUUAUUAAAAAUAAAAAUUGGUUGUUAGAAAAGGCCAUACCAAUCACAAAGCUCUAGGCAUUUCAGUUUUCUGUUUUCUUUUCUUAGAUGCCAGUUAUUCAGUGCUUUUUUUUUCCU